AUGUGGUUUGAAGAAAGAUCUUGGAAUAAUAUGAAAAUGUCUUCAUUAAUAGUUGAAGAAUGGAGAGAUGUAUGGUCAUAUAAAGUUGACUUUCUUUUAUGUGGAAUUGCUUAUCUUGUAGCAACAACAAAUAUCUUAAAUUUACCUCGUCUUAUUAUUGAUAAUGGUGGUCUUGCCUUUGUUACUGCUUAUGGUGUUUCAUUAAUUUUAAUUGUACUUCCAAUAAUUAUUCUUGAAAUUGCUGUUGGUCAACUUACAGGUCGUGCCCCAGUACGAGCUUUCUAUAAUAUUUCACCUUUUUUUAAAGGUGUUGGUGUAUCACAGAUACUUUUUUGUAUUUUUGUACUUGCUUAUAUGUCAAGAUUUCUUGGUUGGUUAUUACUUUAUGCUUUUCAUUUAUUUUUAACAAUUAUUGAUGAAAGACCUGGUUUACCAUGGUUAGAUUGUAAAAAUUUUACUGAAUUUCAUAGAACAACAUGUAGAGAAGCUGGAAAAUUUACUAAUCUAACAAUUACAUCAUCAUCACAACUUUCAGCUAUUGCUGAACAAAGUUCAUUGUCACAAUUUAUGAAUGCUCUUGAAAAUCCAUCUUCAUCAAUAGCUGAUUUUGGUAAUUUUCAAGUUUAUCUUCUUGCAUCACAAGGAGCUGUUUGGAUAUUAGUAUUUAUUGCUAUAUGUCUUGGUGUACGUUGGUUAGGUAAAGUUAUUCAUAUAACUUUCCUAGUUCCAUUUUCUCUAUUAUUAGCACUUGUAUUACGUGGACUUACACUUAACGGUGCUACAGAAACUAUAGAGAAAGUUUACUAUUUAACAGAUUGGCAUGUUUUAGAAGAUUAUAAAGUAUGGAAACUUGCUAUUGAACAGGCUCUUCUUGCUUGUGGUGUUGGUUUUGGAACAUUUAUUACAAUGGGAUCAUAUAAUAAAAGAAAUAAUAAUUUAGUUGGAGAUUCAUUUAUAAUAGUAUUUUGUCAUGCUUUAAUAACUUUCCUUCAAGUUAUUUGUGUUUAUUCUUUUGUUGGUUUUGUAUCUAGAAAAACGGGUAUUGAUUCAACAACUCUACUUACUCAAGGUGAAGAUCAAAUGUGGCAUUUAUUAACAUAUAUGAGUUAUCUUUAUAAUAUUCGUUUAUGGACUGGAUUUUUAAUAUUCUCAAUAAUCUUCGUACUUUUAUCAAUAUUUUAUUUACUCACACUCAAUAUUUUGUCAACAGUUGAAGAUGCAUUAGGAGAAAAAUCCUCAAAAUGUUUACCUCGUUUUAUAUUAGCAUUACUUAUAUGUAUUAUCUUAGCCGUUGAAUUAUUUGCUGUCUCAUGGAUUUAUUGUGCACAUUCUCUUGGAAAAGAUUUACAUGUCCUUAUUAAACCAGCAUGUUGUUGGUGUUUAGGACAUUUUAUUUUAUUCUUUACCUACUUAUUACCAGCUAUUCCUAUUGCUAUUGCUUAUUUUAAUGUAUCAUCAUAUACAUUUGAUGAGUAUUCUAAACAAAUAAAAGAUUGGAAAUAUAGUGAAUAUAUUGGAUUUCUUAUUGCUAUAUUACCAUUAUUACCAAUACCAUUAUUUGGAUUCUUUACUAUAUGUUGUAAUUGUUGUGGAAAGAAAAAUAUUUCAAAAUGUGAAAAAAUUCGUGAAUCAUUCCGUUCACCAUUAAAAUAUGAUCUCCUUAAAAAUCAUCCUAGUGAAAGUCAUCCUGAUAGAGAAGAAACUCAUUCACCACCAAGAUAUGUUGCUUCAGCUCCUGGAUAUACAUUGUUAAGUCCAAAUGCUACACAUGGAGCACCAUUAGCUGAACCAGAAAGUUAUAACGACAUGUAUGCAACAGAACAAAGAAGUAUUGUAUAUUAA